GAUCGUCAAAAAACUCUGCUGCGGUGGCAAUGGGGCUGUCACAUGCCAACGGGACCGAGAGGACAUAACUGGGGCAACUGAAAAUGUCAUUGUUUUUCUUCUGAAUUAGUCUGUUCAGCAUACUACAUAUGAGACCAACAACCAUAACUCUAACCGAGAAAAUUUCACAACACUGGCUUUAUAAACGCCCUGAGACUUUGCGAAUUAAGAAACAGAGUCUUUGAGGAGGGUGAAGAUGCCUUUUCACCAUGUGAGAGCAGGGCUGCUCUACACAGACAACUACCUGAGCACCUCUCUCUCCGAAACUAGUGAAGAACAGCUUGCCAACAUCUCCACAGAGGAGCUUGGCGAGAUUCGAGAGGCGUUCCGAGUUCUAGAUAGGGAUGGGAACGGAUUCAUCUCGAAGCAGGAGCUGGGUAUGGCCAUGCGCUCUCUGGGGUACAUGCCCAGUGAGGUGGAGCUGGCUAUUAUCAUGCAGAGACUGGACAUGGAUGGUGAUGGACAGGUGGACUUUGAUGAAUUUAUGACAAUAUUGGGACCUAAACUUGUUUCUUCUGAAACCAGAGAGGGCUUCUUAGGAAGUACAAUAGACAGCAUAUUCUGGCAGUUUGGCAUGCAACAGAUGUCCCUGGAGGAGCUCAAACACGUCCUGUUCCACGCCUUCAGAGACCAUCUCACCAUGAAGGACAUCGAGAAUAUUAUCGUCACCGAGGAAGAGAGCUUGAAGGAGAACUCAGGAAACUGCCAGACCGAAUUUCAGGGAGUGCAUUCGAAAAAGAAGAAUCGCCAGACGUGUGUCCGCAAGAGCCUCAUCUGCGCUUUUGCAAUGGCCUUCAUCAUCAGCGUCAUGCUCAUCGCAGCCAAUCAGAUGUUGCGGAAUGGCAUGGAGUAGCCCCGCCCACUGUGAACCCUGCUUGAUCUGACCUCUCUUAAGAAACAUGCUUCAAAAACUCCACUUUCUUUUAGAGCGUGGGGAGCCCACCGAGCAGAGGAUGUGAAUCCCGAGAGAGAGUUUUGUGUUUGUGAUUGUGAUUGUGACAGACUCUUAAACGGCAGUGAGGGAUGUCCUCCAUCAUCAGCUUGACAGGAACAUGCAAGGGCUCCUCACUGAAUACCAUUUAAUGCAUUAACAUCCAGUGUCCCUCCGCGCUGCGUGUUUUUCUCAUUCCUGUCUUUGGAAAGCGAAGACUUUGUACUUGAUCUCACUCCAAGUCAUGUCAGAUGGGAACGAUGAGGAGUGAUUGGCAGCCGCUGCAGGAUGUCUGGCAUCAAGAGCGUGUGCAUGUUCAUCUCAGAUGCACUGUAUGUUUUGUUCGCAGCAUUGCGGUGUUGAAGCUUAUUUAUGGAAUUUAUUGAAGAUAUUGCUUAAUGUUGAAGGGACUGUGGGUAUUUUUGGAAUAGCAUACUACCAUAAUAUUACUUUUACAGUAUGCAAAGAAAAUCACAAAUCACCACAAUAUGCAGGAUAUAAU